AUGGAUAAUCGAAAAGAACUUUACGAUUCUAUCGCUGUUAAAGUACCUUAUCCGCCAACAGUCACGGCCGAAGAAUUGUUUAAAUCCCAGAAACCAAAUAAUGAAAAAAAACCAAUUAAAGUAAGCAAUAGCUUCAUGGUUUACCGUAGAGAAUUUUAUAAGGAAUUAAAGAAGACACAUCACGGAAUACCACAAUGCAUAGUAUCUCGCUUGGCGUCGAAUUCAUGGAAACUCGAACCCAAAGAAGUCAAAGAGAAAUAUCUUAAAAUCGCUCGAGAUUUGGAUAUGCUGUUCUUAGAAUCAAUCGAAAAAGAGAAUGCUCAGUUUCAGCCUUUGCCUCUAACUCCCAUCACCUCGAUUCCUGAUUUGGCAUACUUUCCACAUUCAAUUUGUCAGGAGAUUGAAGUCAACCCUGGCUUACUAUAUACUCAGGGCGAGUCACCAGUAAAAGAAAAUACCUUCAAUGGGGACCCUUUUCAAUAUAACAUGUGUCCAUGUUUUAUUCCUUCUCAAUAUGAAAGUUUACUCUUUCAAGAAGAGACAUAUUAUAAUGCUUAUCAAGAAGCGUACACAAAUUAUAUCUGUCAAGAAAAUUCAGAUUCUUACACAUAUUUUACGGAACAACCGGAAUAUUCUGAACAUCCGGAAUAUUCUGAACAUCCGGAAUAUUCUGAACAAUCAUACUUUGACAUGAAUUGGGGCAAUUAUUG